AUGGGGGUGGGAAAUGGGGGUGUAGAUAAGGAUGAAGAGGAAGAUGAGCGUGUCUCCAUUGCAGUGGGGUUGGACGCUGCUGGCAAAACCACCAUCCUGUACAAACUGAAGCUGGGAGAGAUCGUCACCACCAUCCCCACCAUUGGGUUCAACGUGGAGACGGUGGAGUACAAGAACAUCUGCUUCACGGUGUGGGAUGUAGGAGGCCAGGACAAAAUCCGGCCCCUCUGGCGGCACUACUUCCAGAACACACAGGGUCUCAUCUUUGUGGUGGACAGCAAUGACCGGGAGAGGGUGCAGGAGUCUGCGGAAGAGCUGCAGAAGAUGCUGCAGGAGGACGAGCUGCGUGACGCCGUGCUGCUGGUGUUUGCCAACAAGCAGGACAUGCCCAACGCCAUGGCGGUGAGCGAGCUGACCGACAAGCUGGGGCUGCAGGCGCUGCGCAGCCGGACCUGGUACGUGCAGGCGACGUGUGCCACGCAGGGCACGGGGCUGUACGACGGGCUGGACUGGCUGUCACACGAGCUCUCCAAGCGCUAAGACGAGCUGGGACGUCCCCUCCAACUGCUGUUCUUCGGUUCUCUUUCUUUUCUAUCCUUAUUUUUCAAGUGGGGAGGGGGACGUUUUUCCUUCCCCCUCCCCUACCUCCAGGCGUGGCCUCGUCUCUGUGUGUUUCUUGGAUAGGACUUGGACCUCACCGACCCACAGCUCCGGCCGUGUUGGGACGGACCCCGCUUUUUAUCCACCACAAAUGAAUGGGGAAUGGGAGCUUAAUAAAGUGCUGCCAGCACCGCGCUGGGCUGCAGAGGA